AUGACCUGGGGCCUGGUAGCCGGGUCGGCCCGACCCAUCCCCCGUCCUCCUCACCAUCCACCCGCUCUGCCCCACUCUCUUUUCCACUUCCCCUCCCCUCAAGCAGGCGUGGACCUGCCGAGCCUUCGCACCGUGCGGCGAACCGAACCUGUGCACACCACCAGGCUCGGCACCGGCUGGGCCUGGGGGAGGAGGGGUGGGAGAGGGAAGGAGGAGGAGGAGGAGGAGGAGGAGGAGGAGGAGGAGGAGGAGGAGGAGGAGGAGGAGGAGGAGGAGGAGGAGGAGGAGGAGGCGGAGGAGAAGGAAGAGGAGGAGGAGGAGGAGGAGGAGGAGGAGGAGGAGGAGGAGGAGGAGGAGGAGGAGGAGGAGGAGGAGGAGGAGGAUGAUGAUGAUGAUGAGGAGGAGGAGGAGGAGGAGGAGGAGGAGGAGGAGGAGGAGGAGGAGGAGGAGGAGGAGGAGGAGGAGGAGGAGGAGGAGGAGGAGGAGGAGGAGGAGGAGGAAGAGAAGGAGGGCGAUGGGGACAGGAUUGAGAGAUUAGUGGAGAGGAGAAGUGACACAGAGAAGGAUAGGAAGGAGAUACGGAAGGGAGAGGAGGAGGGAAGAAGAGGGAAGAGAGGAAAGGAAAAGAGGGGCGGAUGGGGAGGGGAGUGUGAUGGAGGUGGCAGAGGAGGGAUUGAGUGA